UCACGGCACGAUCAUAGAUCUGCAAAUAAGUGUAACCAUUCUUUUUGUGUGGUAACUGGUGUUGUCCUCGUGUCUUCGAGGAUCCCUCUCCUACAUUUUCCUCAUAGUUUCAAGUUGUAGACGUAUUUAAACAGUUCAACAUGCCUAAAACCAAGAGCAGUAGUGGAGCCCCUCGGAAGCAGGGCUUAAACCGAACACAACACAGUAUGAACCCUGAACGGAGUACUGACAGCCUGAAAGGGGUUUCAAAUCCUCGUUCAAAGAGCACCAUUAAACGGCUGCAGAUGUAUAGAAAUUUCAAAGCUAAGCGUAACAAGAGUGGGGAAAUUCUGACCCCUGCUCCAUUUCAGGGGUGGCUUGCUGCAGGAACAAUGGCACGUGUUGAACCAAAUCAGAAGUGGUUUGGAAAUUCUCGUGUGAUUGGACAGAAUGCACUUCAAAAAUUUCAAGAAGAACUCGGAUCAGCUGUUAAGGACCCAUAUCAAGUUGUUAUGAAAGCUACUAAAUUACCGAUCACACUUCUAAAUGAGAAAGCCAAAAAUGCCCGUGUUCAUAUUUUGGAGACCGAAAGCUUUGACAAAGUAUUUGGACCCAAGAAAAAUCGCAAAAGAGUUAAUCUGAAAUUCCGGGAUGUUGAAUCACUCUCAGAAACAGUCACCUCUACUUCUGAGCAGUAUAAUAAUGAAAAAGACUAUGAUCUUGUUCGUGACAAUGGCGGUGUCAAAGAUGCCCAAAGAGAAUGGAUCAUGGGAGCAGGUCAGAGUAAGAGAAUAUGGAAUGAGUUAUACAAAGUAAUUGAUUCCUCAGAUGUAAUCUUGCAAGUUCUGGAUGCAAGAGAUCCUAUGGGAACCCGCUCACCACAAUUAGAAACAUUUUUAAAGUCAGAGAAAAAGCACAAGCACCUUAUUUUUAUACUUAAUAAGGUUGAUCUUAUCCCUAAUUGGGUAACUCAGCGCUGGGUAGCAAUCCUCAGUUCAGAAUACCCAACUAUUGCUUUUCAUUCGUCUCUGACCCACCCGUUUGGUAAGGGUGCUCUCAUUAAUCUUCUACGUCAAUUUGGAAAGCUGCAUGAAGAUAAGAAACAAAUUAGUGUGGGUUUGAUUGGAUAUCCAAAUGUAGGCAAAAGUUCAGUAAUCAAUACCCUUCGCUCUAAGAAGGUUUGUAAAGUUGCUCCAAUUGCAGGGGAGACUAAAGUUUGGCAGUAUAUCACUUUGAUGAAGAGGAUAUUCCUUAUUGAUUGUCCUGGUGUUGUUAAUGCUAGUGAAGAAUCUGAUUCUGACAAAGUUUUGAAAGGAGUUGUUCGAGUUGAAAUGGUUGCCAAUCCUGAAGACUAUAUUCCUGUUGUGCUAGAGAGAGUACGCAAAGAAUACAUAGUCAAAACAUAUAAAAUUGAUGAUUGGGAAUCUCACCUUGAUUUUUUGAAGAAGCUCGCUGUCAAAUCAGGCAAACUUUUGAAAGGAGGUGAGCCAGAUUAUGCAGUUGUCUCAAGAAUGGUGUUAAAUGAUUGGCAGCGUGGUAAGUUACCUUUUUAUGUUCCACCUGCUGGAUUUGAAGAACCACUAUCUGCAAAAGCUGCAGAAGUUAACUCUACUGCCCCUGCUAAAAUUAUUGUCACUGAAAAUGCAAGUGAGACAAGAACUUCCAAAUCUGCUGAUUCCAACACUGAAAAACCAUCAAAAGAUGAUCCUAAUCCAUUUGUUGUUGUGCAAGAUUUCUCUCAAAUUCGUGUCAUGUUGGAUUAUAAUACAGAAGAUAAUCCAUUCCCUACCAAGGAAGAGAAGGUAGCAGCUUUAGACAGGAAGAGGAAGAAGGUUGAAGAAAAGGAGGAGAAAAAGAAGAAAAGUAAAUAUGUUGUAUAUGAUACUGAAUCAGAAGAAUCUGGAAGUGACCUUAGUUCUGAUGAAGAGGAUGUGGCUGCUGAUAAGGCUAUUCCUCUUCCCCCAUCACCUAAGCCUCAGCGCAAACUCACAAGUAGGGUCAGAAGGCGAAUGGAGCGAGAUCAGAAGAGGAAGAAGAUUGGCAGCAAUUUCUAUGAAGUUGCUAAUGUCAAGAAUAGGAGCCACAGAAAGCAGGCGGACUAAAUUCUGUAAUAGAUGUAGAAAUUUGAUUUGUUCUUUUAAAAUUUCCAUUCUGACCCAUUUGUAUUAUAUCUCUGUUAUAACUUGGUGGUGAUUGUUUCUUUUUUUGGUUUGAUUUAUGCAGCCAAAUGCAUAAGAUGCAGAAAAUUUGUGUGAGGAAUUUGUAAAAAGAAACUGAGAGGAAUUUGAUACAUUGUGCUAAAGUUCUGAUUUAUUUCAAAGUAAAUUUAAUUUUAUCUAUCUAUUACCUAAUUUGUAUGUUAAGAUUAUCAGUCAAGCAAAAUGCAGUGAAUCACAGUUUAAUACAGUUCUUUAUGUUUGCCAGCGUCAUACUGGCUGACAAGAUUUCUAGAACAAGCACCUCUUCUGGUUUUCCCUUUGAUUAGAACUCUUAAAAUUGGAAAAGAAUCUUGUCUGACCUUGACAUGGCACAUUUAUUGCUCACAACCAUGAAUUUUUCUUAAUUGUUAUUUUCUGUUAAUUGUAUUUGGCAUUAUUACAUGUACUGUAUAUACGAAUUAUUGUCUAUUGAGCAGUAAAUUAAUGUACAACACUAUGUUCACCACAACAUAAACGUCUAUGCUCUUUCAAGCUACCCCUUUUUUUAAAGGAAGUAGUUGAGCUUUUUGUGGAAAGAAAAAAUUAUGCCCAUUAAAUUUGGUCAUGUUAA